AUGGACGAGGGCGCCAGGAAGAAGCCGGCGAAAGCCAGCCACCAAAUAAGGCUAGCCCAGGUCCACGAACUGAAGGCACUUGCGAUUGAGGAGUACGAGGAAUACCUAAAAUUGGUGAGGAAUACCGAAUGGCAUCAGCAAAAGUUGCAGCAGAACUGGGCAAAGUUUCACCUUUUUUACCAGCAGAAUGGAUUGGCCACGUUUGGGCAUAACGCGCGGAAGAAGAAAAAGAAGGGGAGGGAAAACAGAAAAAACGAAGAGGAUAAAAAAAAAAAAAAUAAAAAUAAAAAAACUCACCCCAAGUAUUCCUCCCCUUCCACUCGAUGCGCAAAUUACGACGAUUACCAAUCCAUCGAAGACGACUUAAAAAUAAUUAAACGGAGAGAAAGGCAAAACAGCUGCUACUAUUUCAAGGCAAAUAACAACAAUGACAAUAGCAAACAUUUCAUUUUACACAUUUUAAAGGAUAUUCCUCUCGCGCUGGAACUAUACAUAAAUAUUAAAAUCGAGGCAAUCAAUAAAAUAAAAAAUAAUGUACUCACUGAUAUGGACCAUUUUUGCAAAACCAGAAUGAACAAAAUUAUUCUGCUCAUCCUCCUGUGUGAAGUCAAAUUAAACAAUCUGUAUAUUCGCCAAAAGGAUGUUUGCCAUGGAGAAAAUAACGUGGACAUUCGCUUAACAGGAAAUAUAAUUCGCCUUUGUCAUAGCGUUAUAGAGGAGGUCACCAGAAAGUUAAUUCCUUUUUUUUUUUCCUUCAACAUAUUUUCCCCUCCCGAUUAUUUUAAUUACCGCUUUGAGCACUUCCAUGGAAUUGUAGAGGGUAUCGUGCCCAUUGGCUGA